AUGGCAACCUCCAACGACCAUCGGAAAGGGACAAAACGAUCAUCGAACGCUUGCUCGCGGUGCAGGAGACAGAAGAUCAAGUGCUCGGGACAGCAGCCGUGCUCAAAUUGUGGUAAACGAAGUCUUACUUGCAUCUUCGACGAUAGAGAGAACAAGGUUCUGGUGACUCAAGGCUAUCUCUCCGAUCUUCGGGCAAAGGUGGCACGAUUGGAGCAAAACCCAGGGAAUUCGUCAGUAGCAUCUCAGGCACAAACAACGGCAGACAAUGCGACGGGUCAGGAAGAAGAUAGAGACUCACCGGAACUGGAAGAUGGCCAACAGCUGGCGAAUCCAUCUAGCAUUGGGGGCACGAGAGACAAUUCGCCUGGGCACAGACCCGAGCCUGACGAAUCGAACUUAAUCAACCCACUUAUCGAGUCCUCCAAGUUCAUGUCGUCUUCUUCUGGACAAACUUUCUACCUUGGCACCUCUUCAAACUGGUCGUUCCACGGACAAAUACUCAACCUGGUGCAUGAGCACACUCGAAAAUUACCUCUUCCAAGUGCCGACUUACUGUUUGAUGGCUCAGCAUAUGAAUUACCCUGGGACGGUACUCGUAGUCUUCCAGAUUCGAGUUCUCCGAUUAUUCCCAGUAUCGAUUACGCCAUCUUCCUGAUUAAUGCUGUGAAAUUCCAUUGCGCUCAGCUUGUACAUCUUUUCGAUGAAGACGAAUUCAUGGCAAACCUGCAUGCCUUCUAUUCGAAUUCCGAGAGAGGUGCAUGGAAAGAGAGCCUAUGGUAUAUACAUUUCCUUCUGGUACUGGCUUUCGGAAAGACCUUUAUCCAGGCAAAAGGUAACACACCGCGACCGCCAGGUGCCGACUUCUUUAUACAAGCCCUUCAGCUACUCCCGGAUACCAACCGGUUAUGCCGCGAGCCUGUAACGGCUGUUGAAAUACUUUGCUGUAUAGCGCUGUACCUGCAAGCCCUAGAUUCAAGGAAUGCAGCGCAUGUAACAGUAGGCCAAGCUAUGCGCAUCUCAAUGAUCCAAGGCAUGCAUACGGAUAUGCCAGUUGAGAACCUGGGCCAGCCUCUUGUCCAGCGAUGCCGCAAAAUUUGGUGGACAGUCUACAUCCUCGAUCGCCAAAUGACGUCCUUGAUGGGUCUGCCUCAAUCGAUCCAAGACGAUGAUAUUUCCUGCCGACUCCCAGACUUCAUAGGCUCCGCUCAGCGAGCUGCAGCGCUCAACAUGCAGAUCAAACUUGCACGUAUACAUGCCCAGAUAGCGAGAACUGUAUAUGGCUCGAAAGGUCGACUACGCAAGAAGUUUGUCGUAAGCAUUAAGGCUGUAUUGGACGAUCUUGGAUCCUUGGCGGAAGAGCUCCGACAGUCAUUUCCUCUACAUGAUGACGAACGCUUCGGAGGCAUCUCGAGGAUGCCAGCACACCUACAUCUACUCUACUUCCAGGCAAGGCUCUUAUCUUUUGCAGCACCGUUGCUUUUCUGCUGCUUGAAGAAAGUCUUCGAGUCACCAAGGGAAGUGCAACCAUUGCUCUCAUCCCGCAAGAUACGGCAUCUACUACAUAUAUCACUCGAAGCGUCUCAAAAGAUCUUGAAUAUUUUAGAAAGCUUGCAAGAUCAAGGACUACUUGAGACAUUCCUCCCAUGGGAUCUUGACGCACUUUUCGUAUCGACCAUGAUUCUCAUCCUGACGUGCUUCGUCGACUUCAGCUUGAUGGACAACCAAAGAAGCCACCUAGACAAAGCCUACAGCUUUAUGGAAACCAUAGUAUCUAGCGGCAACCGAAUCGCGGCAUUUCGAAACGUCGAACUCCAUAAACUUGAAGAGAUGUUAUCGGAGUAUUCCGAGAACAGAGAGCGGCCAUCCACCGCGGCUUCCAACACGAUCGACGCAGGACCAGGCAUGCAAUGUCCACUGUCUUUCCCUGAAGGGUAUCAAUCCACAGCCGGAUUACUGAACUCGGAAGACACAAUGCCACCUCCUUAUACUGGAAUAAGUGACGAGGGGAGCGGAUUUGGUGACGACUUGACGGCCGAGCAGAUCCUGGCUGUGGCAGAGUCUAUGGAUAUUGAGGGAACAGAUUGGCUAUCUUUCGGGACUUUAGAUAAUUACCAGAUCCUUGAUCCGCGUUUGCAAUGA